AGGUGGGCCGCCCCACUGCUGCCCCGGCCCAGACCCGGCACGGAAGUUGCCGGCGGCCCGCGCCUCCGGGCCAGGUCCGCAGCCAUGUCGUCCGGGGAAGCGGAGUCCGGGGGGCGGGAGGGCGCCCCGAGCGCGGCUGCCGCGCUUUGCGGCCUGUACCACGAGGCGGGGCAGCGGCUGAAGCGCCUGCAAGACCAGCUGGCGGCCCGGGACGCCCUCAUCGCGCGCCUCCGCGCCCGGCUCGCCGCGCUCGAGGGGGACACGGCGCCGUCGCUCGUGGACGCGCUGCUGGAGCAGGUGGCGCGCUUCCGGGAGCAGCUGCGGCAGCGGGACGGCGGCGCCGCGGAGGCCGCGCUGCGCCAGGAAAUCGAGAGACUCUCGGAGCAGCUGGAGGAGAAGGAGCGGGAGGCGCAGCAGCUUCUGAGCCAGCCUGGGCUCGAGCGGGAGAAGGAGGUGGCCCUGCUGCGGAGGAGUGUGGCGGAGAAGGAGCGGGCCCGGGCCGCCAGCCACGUCCUGUGUCGCUCCCUGGCUGACGAGACCUACCAGCUGCGGCGGACCCUGGCCGCCACAGCCCACAUGUGCCAGCAUCUGGCCAAGUGUCUGGAUGAACGCCAGGGGGGACAGGGGGCUGCGGGGGAGCAGAGCCCCGAGCCCGAGUGUGCGGACGGGGACGCCUCUGUGCACGCGGUGGUUGAGAAGUUACGGGAGGAGAACCGGGUGCUGAGGCAGAAAGUGACUCACGUGGAGGACCUCAACGCUAGGUGGCAGCGCUACGACGCCAGCAGGGACGAGUACGUGAGGGGGCUCCACGCGCAGCUGAAGGGCCUGCAAGUCCCCCUGGAGCCUGAGCUGAUGCAGAAGGAGGUUUCCCGGCUCAACGCGCAGUUGGAGGAGAAGAUGGAUGACUGCGCGGAGGCGCGGCGGGAGCUGGCUGCGGCGAGGAGCGCGCGGGACGAGGCGCUGGAGCGCGUGCAGAUGCUGGAGCAGCAGAUCCUCGCCUACAAGGACGACUUCACGUCGGAGAGGGCCGACAGGGAGCGGGCGCAGAGCCGCAUCCACGAGCUGGAGAAGCAGGUGGCCUUGCUGCAGCGCCAGGUGUCCAGGAGACAGGAUUCUCGUGAGCCAGUCUCCUGCCGGCUUCACACAGGGAGCAGAUCUCCCAGGUAUUUAGAGACCGACGCUUCGGAGCCUGUGGCAGCCGGUGGCCGGAGGCCUGGGACGGGACCCCAGUGGCUGGACCUCUCCGCAGAGGGCGGGUGCUCAGGAGUGACCCAGAGAGGCCAGGGGGACCUGCAGUGCCCCCACUGUCUGCGGUGCUUCAGCGACGAGCAAGGCGAGGAGCUCUUCAGGCAUGUGGCCGAGUGCUGCCAGUGAGCCCGGUGGCCCGUGGUGGGCGCGCCCCGCAUCACCCUCGGGGCCCCCAGUACAGGUUGGGGGUGCUUCUGAGCCUCCGUCUCGGCCGCUCUUGGGUCAGCGGGAACUUGCGGUGGGGCUGGCAGCAGGGGUAGGGGUUGGAGCUUCUAGCGUGGAGCUGGUCUCCCAAGCGGCCAGACCGAGGCCACGAGCGGAUGGCUGUGGGCGUACUCGCUGGCCAGCACGGGGCCUUGCCCCCCGGGAGUCGUGGAGCCCAGCGCUGAGCUGCAUUGAGACACGUUGCACUGCACUGGUGGGCACCACGCCCCCAGAAGUUGGACACGUGAUCGCGUGACAAUUCUGUAAUAAA